AUGUGUGGUAUAUUUGCCUGUCAUUGUCAUCCCGAUGUUCAAAAGUUCAAGCCGACGGCUUUGCGCAUGGCAAAAGCCGUCCGGCAUCGCGGUCCCGACUGGAGUGGUAACUUCAUUGCCAACGACACAAUUCUUGCACAUGAAAGAUUGAGUAUUGUCGGUGUCGAGUCCGGUGCGCAGCCUCUCGUUAACGAUGACGGGACGUUGGCCCUUGCCGUCAAUGGCGAGAUCUAUAACCACAGAGUCCUGAGAAAGGGAUUGAAGACCAAGUACAACUUUAAAACGCACUCCGACUGCGAAGUGAUCAUCCCACUUAGUAAGCUCGAACCGUUGCUAAUUCGGUUUGGUUUGCCGCAGUAUAUGGAACACGAUAUUGACGCUCCGAAAUUUCUCGAUGGGAUGUUCUCAUGGGUCCUCUUCGACAAAAAGCAGAACCGGGUGAUUGCUGCCCGAGAUCCGAUUGGCAUUACCAGUUUCUACCAAGGAUGGUCCUCCCAGACACCGGGCGCGGUCUAUUUUGCCUCUGAACUGAAGUCACUUCAUCCGGUUUGCGACAAAAUCAUUGCUUUCCCCCCUGGCCAUGUCUAUGAUUCCAAGACGGACAGCAUGACUCGCUAUUACCAGCCAAAGUGGUGGGACCCUACCAAUGUUCCGUCAGCUCCCCUUGAUUAUAAGUUGAUUCGGGAAUCCUUGGUACGAUCCGUUCGCAAACGAUUAAUGGCCGAAGUCCCUUACGGUGUCCUACUUUCUGGUGGUUUGGACUCUAGUCUGGUCGCCUCAAUCGCCCAGCGAGAAACUCAGAAGAUGAUGGCAGCGCAGAACGGCACAGUUACCAAUGCAGAAACAGGUGCAGGUCUGGUUGGAAUUGAUGACAGCAACGAGCUAUCCACCGUAACGUCCUUUCCUCAGCUGCAUUCCUUUUCGAUUGGCCUCCCAGGAGCGCCCGACACCAAGGCUGCAAUUGAAGUUGCCAACUUCCUUGGAACAAAGCACUAUGCUUUCACAUUCACUGUUGAGGAUGGUCUCAAUGCUCUUUCAGACGUUAUCUAUCACUUGGAAACUUACGAUGUGACCACUAUCCGCGCAUCCACGCCCAUGUACUUGUUGAGCAGGAAGAUCAAGGCAAUGGGCGUCAAGAUGGUCCUCAGUGGUGAAGGUAGUGACGAAAUUUUCGGCGGCUACCUUUAUUUCCAUGCCGCUCCGGAUAAGAAGGCCUUCCACGAGGAGACCGUCAGACGAGUCAAGAAUCUUCACUUGGCGGACUGCUUGAGAGCCAACAAAUCGACCUCUGCGUGGGGCCUUGAGGCUCGGGUGCCGUUUUUGGAUAAGGAAUUCCUGGAGGUGUCCAUGGGUGUUGAUCCACAAGAGAAGAUGAUCACCAAAGAGAGGAUUGAAAAGUAUAUCCUGAGAAAAGCGUUUGACACAUCUGACGAGCCAGGGACCAAGCCUUUCUUGCCAGAUAACAUUCUGUGGCGGCAGAAGGAACAAUUCAGCGAUGGUGUCGGCUAUUCAUGGAUUGAUGCGCUGAAAGACAAUGCUGAGCGUCAAGUCACGGAUGAGAUGAUGAAGAACCCGAAAGCCGAAUGGGGUGAUGAUAUUCCCGAUACCAAAGAAGCAUACUGGUACCGAACGAUGUUCGAUGAACACUUCCCUCCAAGCUGCGCAUCCACCGUCAUGCGGUGGACACCCACAUGGUCGAAACAAACCGACCCGAGUGGACGGUACGAAGCCUUGAAUGCUCUUGAAGUCCUUUAA